AUGGAUUCAAAAACUCGUCUAUCAGUGGACAGUAUAAAUCCUAGCUCAGGAUCUUCAGCCCUACGGCGACUUGCUCGAAGUCCGAGCCAUCGAAUAAGUCUGAGGCGAUUCAGUAUCGACUCAUCCUCCUCUUCUGCUUCGUCUGUUGUGUCAUACGACAGUGAAGUAUCAUCAAGUUGCGUGACCCGCGAUACCUCGAGUGACGACUGUGCUCUUCAUCGAUUCAUCGUCUGGGCUGCCGUCAAGCGGAAUGCAUGCGACAAACUGACUCCCCAGGAGAAGCUGGAGUGUCCUAUGCUGCGAUGCCGCAAGCGAUUUGCCAACCACGAACUCAUGCUCCAGCAUUUAUACUCAUGCAGCUGGCUAUCCUCGAGUGAGUAUUGGUGCUACGACUGUGGAAAAUCCGAGCGUUUCAACGACUCCAAAUGCAAAAGGUGCCUAGGACAUCCUUCUAGACGAAGAAAGAUAUUGUCCAUGGCAAAGAGCUUCUUCAACUCUCUCGGUCACAAGUCCAAGCACUCAACCCUACCGGAUUUUGAUCUCGACCUCGACCUUGGUGAUCCUGAGGCACCACCUAGCUAUGAUUUAGCUGUGGCUCCGAACGAACUUGAGCUCCCCUCGAACGAGAUUCAUGAGAUAGGCUCCAGUGGUCUAGCUCUCCAUUCUAUCAUAGAGGAUGAUCAUGAGAAUGAGGCAGAACCCGAUUUGGCCCCCAUGCCCACCCCAUACAUCUCAUCGUUGCCUGUCCAAAAUCGGGCUCUGCCUAAUCACCCCGCAGAGCUCGAAUCAGAUGCAGCUCCUGGUGAGCCCUUUGAAUUCAUGUUCCCACCAGGCACAGUUCAUCCUGUAAGCCUCACAGACACUGGUUGCAACACGGCUUUGGGAAGGCCCACCCUUCAACUUCACACAGCAGGUCUGGAAGAGUAUCGACGAGAACAAAAGAGGCGUAGCAAGGGCCAAGUGGCACCCAGCACCUCAGUUCGGUCGACAGCCAGUACAAACUCAACUUCGAGCACAAACACCACAGACACUACAUUUAGCAAAGAGAGCUACAACAUCUCCCCUAUCUCAGCAUACUCUGAUCAAUGGGCAAGUGCACCAGUGUUUGAUUCGGACUUCCGUUCAUCUGAGAAUGGAUUUGGAAGCCCAGGAGGCCUCCUCAGGGCAAACUCGUUCGCCAUAUCUCGCAAGGCACCCGCGGCUAAGGGCUGGGAGUCGUUGGACAAAAAGGCAGACUCGUCCUAUGACUCCCACCCGCGCGAGUGCCCCACAGACUUCCCAAUGUUGGGUGCCUUGCCUUCUGACGACACCUUUCACGACCCUCUUGCUCUUGUCCAGCCAGUCUUUACUUUGAAUGACUCUUCGCUUCCCACCGACUUCGAUCUUGAGUCGAACCUCGCCCUUACCAAUGACCAUACGGUCAUGUCACCACCAAUGGCUUCCACUCUACCACAACCAACAGCCAGCUCAUAUCACAACCCUCGAUCUCUAAUCAGUACAAUAUGGAGUACUCUCAAGCUGCAUGUCGCCGAUUCUAUGAGCAAACUCGAUCAUGUUACCAAAAACCCUCUUGCCACACAGCUCAAAAGCUUAUCUACCGAGACGAUAGCUGCAAAUGGCCUCCAAAUUCUCGUCAAUAUCAUUGAAGGCCGUCAGCCCACUGUUCCCAUAGACAUUCUGUCUUUUGUUCACCUAUGCUACUGCUUCUCCCUCAUUGCUCAUGAACAAGAUGCAACCAAUCGAUCUGCAGAACUAUUCGGCCAGGCAAUGUCAUACAGCACUUUGUUUUCCCGAGAAGAUCGUCGAAUGUAUAUACAGGUUGUCAAAGCUCUCUGGAAACCAGCUGCGAUGUCUGAUGCUGAUGUUGUUAACAUUGUGCGGGCUAAGACGUCCUUUACAAUUUCACGCUCGUCGAGUCUCAAAGGAAAAGAACACAGAUUUUCAAACAUGCACGAGUCUGAUGCCGACUCAUUGGUAUUUGCUGCAAAAUACUUCCUGGAUCAAUUGGAACUUGCUACCUUGAACGUUGUUGAUGACGUUGUCAUCCAUACCUCUCAGCUAUACCUGGAGCAUUUCGCCAUGAGCAUGCAUAUAGAUUCACAACAAGCAAGUCUCACUCUCGAAGACAAGUUUCAAUUUUACACUCAUUACGGUCACUUUGCAACAGCCCUGAACAACCUUAUACAGCGCGUCAAUUCCGAAUUCUUAUCAGCUCGGCGUCUGGAACUUCAUUUGAUUGAGAUCGGAAAGAUGUCGUUACCUCCGCACGUCUACUUUGAUGGCUAUAUACGCCAUGUGAGGGAUCAGAUGGACCCUCUGUAUUUCAAAAAUGAUACCGGAGGGAACCUCCGGUCUGUAUAUUACUGCCAUGGCGUCGAGCUGAUAAAGACGAUAAUGAUCCCACCCCUGCAGACGAUGAAUACCCAGCAUGUUCAAGACAACGGACUACCUAACGGAUUACCAGAUAGUGUGAUGGAGUAUGCUUUUGACGAAGAUAUCGACUUCUUCAAUAACUCGACGACAUCAGAAACGUUCGAUUUUGGCGAGAAUCUUCCAUUUGAUGCCGGACAGCCUCUCGACUAUACGGAUUUGUCUAGUAGUAUCAACACCAGAACAUUGAACCCUCAACCACUUCCCACACCUGCAGACACCAGCUCGGUGCAGGCGACGCCAACAUCAGCGAAUUCGCCACCUACGCCGGCUCCGGUUGCAUCCUCGGCUUCCACGGCGAAGAUAAAGUCGGAUAUAGGCUGUACGCUUUGCAACUACACCCCCAAGGGAGACCCUAGAUGGUUUAGUUGCAGCCUGUCCAAGCACAUGAGAUUGCAGCACUCAACAAAGCCUCCAAUAAUCUACCGUUGUCAAUACCCUGGAUGCACAAGCCAGUACAAAAACAGACCAGACAAUUUGCGGCAGCAUCAAAUUGAGAAGGGCCAUUUCACAGAUGGCCAAGAUACUGGGAAGCGGUCGAACAAGAGGAGGAAAGUCGAGUGA